AUGACCCUGGAAUCCGGGCCAUCGACACAAAGCCCAGAGAGCUCCAGAGAGCCCACACCAAGGCUUGUGAAAGUCGAACCAGCUACCAAAGAUGAGGUGGAGAACUUCAUCUCCGCCAACAAUCGAUGGAUUGAAGACAGCGCAGCUGUGGAGCUCCGGAACAUGCCGCCUGAGGACCAGCGACGAGUCAUCAACGGUGGCACGCUAGUGAGCUGCCGUGAUGCAGUUGGCGUGAUGAGGUCACGGGUUCGGCAGGCCAAAGAAAAAGAGGCGAUUCUGUCAGGGGCUCACCUGGCUGAGAACGCAGCCGCCUCGUCCGGACGGCUCUCAAGGCCUGCCAGCAAAGAUGAGGUCGAGGCUUUCAUAGCUUCAAAUCGAAGAUGGAUGACUCCAGAGUCGGAAGAGAUCCUGAAGUUGAUGAAUCCGCAUGAUCAGAAGCGGGUCAUCUCUGCUGGGACUCUGUCUGGCUGUCGGGAUCCUGUUGCUGUGCUGCAGACCCGGGCAAAGAGGGCUAGAGAAAUGGAGAUUGAGUUCGAGCUGAUUGCCAGCGGCAAGAAGGUCGAACCACCAAAGCCGGCGGCGGAGACCAUGCCGAUGCCAGUCUUCUCCGCGGAGGCGGCGCACGCCUUCAUCCAUGCAGCCCCACAGGAAGUGCGGUCAGAGAAUUCUCGUUUCGCACCGCCGCCGGAAACGGAUCCGGACAGCUUUGUCACGGAAGAGCUCGAAGGUCCGUUGACCUCGGAGGUGAAGGGCAUUGGCGGUGUCAUCGAAAUGUUGCGCGCCAAGUAUGGCUGCUCGAAAGGACAGCGAUUGCGAGUCAUAGGUGAGACAUCCGCGUUGCUGCAGUUCGAGGGAGGCAAGACGGCGCCCAAGAACCACGAAGGAAUGGGCUGGAAAUGGAUCAUUGGAGAGAACACUGCGGCCUCCAAGCAGAAAGAUGAGGCGGCCCGACAGGCCGAAAUCGCCGCUGCCUUUAAGGCGCGGGAAGAGCGCCUGGCCCAGGAAGCGAUCCUGAAGGCAAAGGAAAAAGAGAGGAAGGCAGCGGAAAAGGCAGAAAAAGUCAAACUCCCUGCAGAGGAAAUUCAAGCGACACAGCCCGAAGGUCAGACACAUGUGGAGGACUCCGGAACAGCAGAAAUGGAGGUGGAGACAGCCUCCGUCAAGAAGCAAGAGGUAGCUGUCGACAAGCAGAAGGACAAGGUCAAGCAAAAGGACAAGGACAAGGAGAAGGAUGUUAAGAAGGCAGAUGGUGAGAAGAGCAAAGACAAGGUGAAAGAUAAGGAGGUUGAGUCCAAGAAGGAAUCCGAGAAAGAGAAGGAGAAAGCGAAGACAAAGGACAAGAAAGCAAGCAAAACAGACUCCAAAGCGAAGGAGAAGGACAACAAGGCCAAGGAGGCCAAGGAGGCCAAGGAGGCAGAGCAGCGCAAGGAGAAGAAAGACAAAGACAACGGGAAGGUAAACGAGUCCAACAAGGACUCGGACAAGGAGAAAGACAAGAACUCCAAGGAGAAACAGAAGGACAGCAGCAAAGCCAAAGACAAGUCGCGAUCAAGAUCGAGGCGGAAAGAGAAGUCGAGAUCGAGAUCGAAGGAGAAGAGAAAAGAAGCAUCACGAUCUAAGAAACGAAAAGACAGAUCCAGGUCAAAGGACAAGAAGCAGCAGAAGGAGAAGGAGCGUAGCAAGGGCGAGAGUAAGGAGAAGAGGAGAAAGAGCAGCUCCGAACCUUCGGCCUCACGAGCCAGGAGAAAGGAGAAAGCACGUGCCAAAGAGAAAGAGAAGGAGAAAAGGCAGAAAAAAAGCAAGUCUGACGACAGCUCUCGCGCCAAGAGAAAAGACAAGGCAGGAGCAUUGCUCGAUUUGGGAGGACCGGAGAAAAAGGACCGAGCCUCGGACUCCUGCAGAGACUUCAGCUUCUUGAUCGUUCCUAUCUUCGGUGCACGAACAUCGUUCAUUCACCGCGUCCCACGGAGCGCCACCGGAGAGAACAUGCGAGUCGGACAGGGGCUGCGGGGCCACCCCGGAGAGGGCGAGAACGAAGAGACAGAAGCGUUGCUGAGCCAAGAGGAGCCUGGCACGGGACCCCCAGCAGAGAAAUAUUCCUCAAAGGGCAAGACCCCCAGCUCUUCGAGCCGUUGUUGGCCGCCUCCUGCAAAUGCAAGAAGCCCUCUGGCGCUCUGCAUGGUGCUUGCGACAUUGAGUUUUACUAUCUGGACGCUGCCGGCUCCCACAUUGCUUGGGAAGCUAGACCUUCUGCGGCAAAGCUGGCGUCUGAACAAGGUACUGGAUGAAGUUUCCGACCUGAGGUCCAAGAUCAAGGCUGCCGAACUUGAGAAGACGAACCUGGAGCAGGCUCUCGUCGCUGAGAAGGCACGGAGCGAAGAUCUACACGAGAGGCUCAGUGCAUCUGAUGGCACGACACAGUCCUCUAAGACGGAGUUGUCCAAUCAGCAGGACAUGGCUGGUGGUUUGCGGUCAGCCAACCAGAAACUCGAGGAAGAAUUGGAGAAAGAACAGACGGAGAGGAAACGAAUCCUCCACGAUCUGCAACGUCUAAAGCGAACCGAGCUCAAGGACUUGGAGAGUUUGGACUCCGAAAUAUCUGCCGUGGCACUUCCGCCGGCACACUAG